CUCAGCCUUCCUGUUCUGGAACCUUCCACUUGCUCACCUGGAUCAAUUCUCCAUCCAGCCUGGUGUCCCAGGAGACUGGGCUUUGUGGACUUCACUGACGGCUCCCAGGUCCUCUGGCUUGUGCUGGCUUCAGCCAUUGAGGACUCCAGAGGCUGGUGGGCCGGGCCGUGGCGCCCACCUGCUGAUGCGGGGCAAGGCCCCCGACACAGGACACUGAGCACCCCGAACACGCCCCCGACCGCCACCAUGGCCCGCCUGGCCGCAGUGCUCUGGAGUCUCUGCAUCACCGCCGUCCUGGUCACCUCGGCCACCCAAGGCCUGAGCCGGGCUGGGCUCCCAUUCGGGUUGAUGCGCCGGGAGCUGGCAUGCGAAGGCUACCCCAUAGAGCUGCGGUGUCCAGGCAGUGACGUCAUCAUGGUGGAGAAUGCCAACUACGGGCGCACAGAUGACAAGAUCUGCGACGCCGACCCUUUCCAGAUGGAGAACGUGCAGUGCUACCUGCCCGACGCCUUCAAGAUCAUGUCGCAGAGGUGUAACAACCGCACCCAGUGCGUGGUGGUUGCUGGCUCUGAUGCCUUCCCUGACCCCUGUCCUGGGACCUACAAGUACCUGGAGGUGCAGUACGACUGUGUCCCCUACAAAGUGGAGCAGAAAGUCUUCGUGUGCCCAGGGACCCUGCAGAAGGUGCUGGAGCCCACUUCCACACACGAGUCGGAACACCAGUCUGGCGCAUGGUGCAAGGACCCACUGCAGGCAGGCGACCGUAUCUACGUCAUGCCCUGGAUCCCCUACCGCACGGACACGCUGACUGAGUACGCCUCGUGGGAGGACUACGUGGCCGCACGCCACACCACCACCUACCGCCUGCCCAACCGCGUGGAUGGCACGGGCUUCGUGGUCUACGACGGUGCGGUCUUCUACAACAAGGAGCGCACACGCAACAUCGUCAAGUACGAUCUGCGCACACGCAUCAAGAGCGGGGAGACGGUCAUCAACACGGCCAACUACCACGACACUUCGCCCUACCGCUGGGGCGGCAAGACGGACAUCGACCUGGCUGUGGAUGAGAACGGGCUGUGGGUCAUCUACGCCACCGAGGGCAACAACGGGCGCCUGGUGGUGAGCCAGCUCAACCCCUACACGCUGCGCUUCGAGGGCACGUGGGAGACGGGCUACGACAAGCGCUCAGCGUCCAAUGCCUUCAUGGUGUGCGGAGUCCUGUAUGUGCUGCGCUCAGUGUACGUGGACGACGACAGCGAGGCGGCCGGCAACCGCGUGGACUAUGCCUUCAACACCAAUGCCAACCGUGAGGAGCCCGUCAGCCUGGCCUUCCCCAACCCCUACCAGUUUGUCUCCUCCGUGGACUACAACCCUCGCGACAACCAGCUCUAUGUCUGGAACAACUAUUUUGUGGUGCGCUACAGCCUGGAGUUCGGGCCGCCCGACCCCAGUGCCGGCCCAGCCACUUCCCCGCCUCUCAGCACGACCACCACAGCCCGACCCACACCCCUUACCAGCACGGCCUCCCCCGCAGCCACCACUCCGCUCCGCCGAGUGCCCCUCACCACACACCCUGUGGGUGCCAUCAACCAGCUGGGACCUGACCUGCCUCCAGCCACAGCCCCAGCUCCCAGCACCCGGCGGCCCCCAGCCCCCAAUCUGCACGUGUCCCCAGAACUCUUCUGUGAACCUCGAGAGGUGCGGCGGGUCCAAUGGCCAGCCACUCAGCAGGGCAUGCUGGUUGAGAGGCCCUGCCCCAAGGGGACUCGAGGAAUUGCCUCCUUCCAGUGUCUACCAGCCCUGGGGCUCUGGAACCCCCGGGGCCCUGACCUCAGCAACUGCACCUCCCCCUGGGUCAACCAGGUGGCCCAGAAGAUCAAGAGUGGGGAGAAUGCAGCCAACAUUGCCAGUGAGCUGGCCCGUCACACCCGAGGCUCCAUCUAUGCGGGUGAUGUGUCCUCUUCUGUGAAGCUGAUGGAGCAGCUGCUGGAUAUUCUGGAUGCCCAGCUACAGGCCUUGCGGCCCAUUGAGCGCGAGUCAGCUGGCAAGAACUACAACAAGAUGCACAAGCGGGAGAGAACUUGCAAAGACUACAUCAAGGCUGUGGUAGAGACAGUGGACAACCUCCUGCGGCCAGAGGCUCUGGAGUCCUGGAAGGACAUGAAUGCCACAGAGCAGGUGCACACAGCCACCAUGCUCUUGGAUGUCCUGGAGGAGGGUGCCUUCCUGCUGGCCGACAAUGUCAGGGAGCCUGCCCGCUUCCUGGCUGCCAAACAGAAUGUGGUCCUGGAAGUGACAGUCCUCAACACGGAGGGCCAAGUGCAGGAGCUGGUAUUCCCCCAGGAAUACCCAAGCGAGAACUCCAUCCAGCUGUCCGCCAAUACCAUCAAGCAGAACAGCCGCAACGGUGUGGUCAAAGUUGUCUUCAUCCUGUACAACAAUCUAGGCCUCUUCUUGUCCACUGAGAAUGCCACAGUAAAGCUGGCAGGUGAAGCAGGUACAGGUGGCCCAGGUGGCGCCUCCCUGGUGGUGAACUCACAGGUCAUCGCGGCGUCCAUCAACAAGGAGUCCAGUCGCGUCUUUCUCAUGGACCCUGUCAUCUUCACCGUGGCCCACCUGGAGGCCAAGAACCACUUCAAUGCUAACUGCUCCUUCUGGAACUACUCGGAGCGUUCCAUGCUGGGCUACUGGUCAACCCAGGGCUGCCGCCUGGUGGAGUCCAACAAGACCCAUACCACGUGUGCCUGCAGCCACCUCACCAACUUUGCCGUGCUAAUGGCUCACCGUGAGAUCUACCAAGGUCGCAUCAAUGAGCUGCUGCUGUCAGUCAUCACCUGGGUGGGCAUCGUGAUCUCCCUCGUCUGCCUGGCCAUCUGCAUCUCUACUUUCUGCUUCUUGCGGGGGUUACAGACCGACCGCAAUACCAUCCACAAGAACCUGUGCAUCAACCUAUUUCUGGCUGAGCUGCUCUUCCUGGUCGGGAUAGACAAGACACAGUAUGAGAUUGCCUGCCCUAUCUUCGCUGGCUUGCUGCACUACUUCUUCCUGGCUGCCUUCUCCUGGCUGUGCUUGGAGGGUGUGCACCUCUACCUGCUGCUGGUCGAAGUGUUUGAGAGCGAGUACUCCCGCACUAAGUACUACUACCUGGGUGGCUAUUGCUUCCCAGCCCUGGUGGUAGGCAUCGCAGCAGCCAUCGACUACCGCAGCUAUGGCACCGAGAAGGCCUGCUGGCUCCGAGUCGACAAUUACUUUAUCUGGAGCUUCAUUGGACCAGUCUCCUUUGUUAUCGUGGUGAACCUGGUGUUCCUCAUGGUGACCCUGCACAAGAUGAUCCGGAGCUCAUCUGUGCUCAAGCCUGACUCCAGUCGCCUGGACAACAUUAAAUCCUGGGCCUUGGGGGCCAUUGCGCUGCUUUUCCUCCUGGGCCUCACCUGGGCUUUUGGCCUGCUCUUCAUCAAUAAGGAGUCAGUGGUCAUGGCCUAUCUCUUCACCACUUUCAACGCCUUCCAGGGGGUCUUCAUCUUUGUCUUUCACUGCGCCUUACAAAAGAAGGUGCACAAGGAGUACAGCAAGUGCCUGCGUCACUCCUACUGCUGCAUCCGCUCCCCACCCGGGGGCGCUCAUGGCUCACUCAAGACCUCAGCCAUGCGGAGCAACACCCGCUACUACACGGGGACCCAGAGCCGAAUCCGGAGGAUGUGGAACGACACCGUGAGGAAACAGACGGAGUCCUCCUUCAUGGCAGGUGACAUCAACAGCACCCCCACUCUGAACCGAGGUACCAUGGGGAACCACCUGCUGACCAACCCCGUGCUGCAGCCCCGUGGGGGCACCAGCCCCUACAACACCCUCAUCGCUGAGUCAGUGGGCUUCAAUCCCUCCUCGCCCCCUGUCUUCAACUCCCCAGGGAGCUACCGGGAACCCAAGCACCCUCUAGGAGGCCGGGAAGCCUGCGGCAUGGACACAUUGCCCCUCAACGGCAACUUCAACAACAGUUACUCCUUGCGAAGUGGGGAUUUCCCUCCAGGAGACGGGGCCUCUGAGCCACCCCGAGGCCGGAACCUGGCCGAUGCUGCUGCUUUCGAGAAGAUGAUCAUCUCAGAGCUGGUACACAACAACCUGCGGGGCAGCAGCAGUGGGGCCAAGGGCCCCCCACCACCCGAACCCCCUGUGCCACCUGUGCCAGGGGGCGGUGGGGAGGAAGAAGCAGGCGGGCCCGGGGGUGCUGACCGGGCAGAGAUCGAACUUCUCUACAAGGCCCUGGAGGAGCCGCUGCUGCUGCCCCGGGCCCAGUCGGUGCUGUACCAGAGUGAUCUGGAUGAGUCGGAGAGCUGCACUGCGGAGGAUGGGGCCACCAGCCGGCCCCUCUCCUCCCCUCCAGGCCGGGACUCCCUCUACGCCAGCGGGGCCAACCUGCGGGACUCGCCCUCCUACCCGGACAGCAGCCCCGAGGGGCCCAGUGAGGCCCUGCCCCCACCCCCGCCUGCGCCCCCUGGCCCCCCUGAAAUCUACUACACCUCGCGCCCACCAGCCCUAGUGGCCCGGAACCCCCUGCAGGGCUACUAUCAGGUGCGGCGGCCCAGCCACGAGGGCUACCUGGCAGCCCCGGGCCUUGAGGGGCCAGGGCCCGAUGGGGAUGGGCAGAUGCAGCUGGUCACCAGUCUCUGAAGGACCUCAUGGACCAGGGGCUGGUGGCUCAGGCCGGGGAGGGAACCCUGGGUGGGGCUCUGGUGGGAGAGGGAGACUCAUGGAGGCAGUGGCUGGUGGGCCACUCUCUCCAGGUGCCCGUCAGCCAUGGGCCCUCUAGGCCCCUCAGGAGCUCUGCCGUGGGGGCCUGUGGUGCAGGGUUCACAGACAGGGUUUCCUACCAGCCACACGCACCAGCUCGAUUUGGGGGGAAGUGCAGUAAGGAGGAGCCAAGAGGUCCCCCAAGGGAGUAAGGAAGGAGAAAUUGGAUGGGUGCAGCCCACUCUUUACUUCCCCCCCUCUCCCCCACUUUCCUGACCCCUGGAGGGAAAUGAGGGCUUUGGUUUCCCUGGGCCAAGGGCCCUACUGAGUGGAACCUGUCAGCUGCUCCUCUCUCUGCAGCUGGAAGUGCUGCCAGCUACAACAGGAAGGAGCAGUGGGAGCAGACAGACAGGUCCUCCUGGAAGACAGUUCCCUGCUCCUGGAGACUGGGGCCUCUGGCCCAAGAGAAAGCCCCAGGGCAAGAGGAAUGGGCGGUUGUGGCUGCUGGUUUAAAGGUGGAACUUUCUUUGAAGCUCCUUCCCUCUGCUCUUCGUCCUUGCCUCCCUAGCAAGCCUGCCCAUCAGCCUCCUCAAGUGCACCCAGUGACCCCCUCCCUUGGGGUGACUCCUGAUGAAGCACAACUCCCCACAGGGCCCCCAGCCCACAGGGGUGGCCAUAUCUGGGCAGUUCCCAGUCCUGUGGGCUCGGCUAUCUGGGGAGCAGAUUUUGGGUCUGGAUAUCCCUGGGGAGUGGGUCCUGGGCUUGGAUCUUUCCCUAGGGGGCCAUCUUACCCCUUCCUCUCUUCUCCUCCUCCCCCAUUGCUGUAAAUAUUUCAACGAAAUGGAAAAGAAAAAAAAAAGACAAAAAAAAAAAAAAAGAAAGAAAGAAAAUCUCAUCACUUGAAGCCACCGGGAGCCUGUGGCCAGCCAGCCCGGGGCUUUCUCCGGAGCAGAGUGGCGCCGCUGGGCCCUGGCAGCCAGGACUUCUCUGUGUUUGUGUGCAUCCCCAGCCGGGGUGGGCGGGCCGCCAGAGCAGCUUUUUACGAUCCAGAGACAGAAAACAAAAUCUAGAAGCAACAGCGAAACAAAGAACCUGUUUCCUUCCCGGCACCGUUUCUGUCGCCUCUUUCCCUGCUCCGCCUGUUCCCUGGCAUCAGUCAGCCUCCUGGGGCGCGUACCUCACUGCCUGCCCCAGGACUGGGGCUUGUCUCCCCCCUCCCCUCCCCACUGGCCCAGGGGAGGCACCCUCACACCCAAAGAUGCUUUUGCCAAGAUGGCUGCGCUGUUCCUUUGA